AUAAUAGUUUCCAUGAAUACCGCAGAUUUGUCAAAUAAUUGUGUACGUUUUAUUUUCAUAUUUCAAAAAAUUAUAUAUUUCAUAUGCGAUUAGACAAUGUUAUUAGAUGAAAGUGAAAUACGAUGUUAUGAUUAUCAGGAAAUAAUAAAUAUUAGUGCUUAUCGCAUUACCGCGCUGUUACUCAGUGAUUGAAGAUUAUUUCAAAAGCUAUGUAGCACAAGUCUGUUGCAAGUAGUUGCUUUUAUUAGUAGUUGCUUGAAACGCACCACUUUUCGUUAUCCAUUUUGAUUGAAUUUACGAAAUUAAAGUGCAAUUUAAAUCUUGAUCAUGGAAUUUACGAAGCCUAAUCGACCCAGUAAAUGCACGUGGAAAUUAAAUGCAACAAAUUCGCCGCAUACAUGUAGAAUGGAAAAUGACAAUCAUACUAAGAUACUUCCUGAUAUUUUAACUACUAUUGGACAAACUCCUCUCAUAAAACUAAAUAAUAUUCCCAAAUUUUAUGGAAUUAAAUGUGAAAUGUGUGUAAAAUGUGAAUUUUUUAAUCCUGGUGGUUCUGUAAAAGAUAGAAUUGCACAUAGAAUGGUUCAAGAUGCAGAAGAGGCAGGUUUGCUAAAACCAGGAUCCACUAUUAUUGAACCUACGAGUGGUAAUACUGGAAUUGGUUUAGCAAUGGUUGCUGCAGUUAAAGGAUAUAGAUGCAUUAUUGUUAUGCCAGAAAAAAUGUCUGAUGAGAAAGUAUCAACACUUUAUGCACUUGGUGCUAAAAUUGUUCGAACUCCAACAGAAGCAAGUUGGGAUAGUCCGGAAGCACAUAUUACAGUUGCACAAAAAUUACAGAAAAAAAUACCAAAUAGUAUUAUUCUUGAUCAGUAUACUAACCCUGGAAAUCCAUUGGCCCAUUAUGAUCAAACAGCAACUGAAAUUUGGAAACAGUGUGAUGGAAAAUUAGAUUAUUUGGUAGCUGGUGCAGGUACUGGUGGUACUAUUUCAGGUAUAGGACGAAAGCUGAAAGAAUUGUCACAAGAUAUAAAAAUUAUUGCUGCAGAUCCUAAAGGAAGUAUUUUAGAUCCAGAAUCGAAAGAUGAAGUUGGUUUUUAUGAAGUAGAAGGAAUUGGCUAUGAUUUUAUACCUACAGUGUUAGAUCAUAGCGUUAUUGAUAAAUGGAUAAAAACUGACGAUUAUGAAUCAUUGAAUAUUGCUAGAGAGCUUAUAUAUCGAGAAGGUUUAUUGUGCGGUGGUAGUAGUGGUGCUGCACUUGCAGCUGCUCUUAAAAUAGCCAAAGACGUUCCUGAAGGAAAACGUAUGGUUAUUAUUUUACCUGAUGGAAUACGGAAUUAUUUAACUAAAUUUGUAUCAGACCAUUGGAUGGAAGCUAAAGGAUUUUUGCAACCCGUAUGUCAAAAUGAAACAAAUAAAUGGUGGUGGAAUAUGAAAAUUUCAAACUUAACUUUUGAUAAACAAUCUUUGUUGAAAGAAAAUACAGUAACAUGUCAAGAAGCUAUUCACAUGAUUAAGAAUGCAGGUUUACAAUUAUUACUUAUUAGUGAUAAUAAUAUACAUAUAAAAGGUGUUAUUAGUUUGAAUAAACUUAUGUCAGAUACAAUAUCUGGCACAGUAAAAUAUACAGACUUUGUAGAAAAGGCUAUGACUAAACAAUACGUUAAAGUUAAUUACUCAGCAUCUCUUGGAUAUCUAUCACGAAUUCUUGAAAAAGAACCAUACGCGGUAAUUUUAGAUGAUAAUGAUGCUUUUGUUGGGGUUGUAAACCAGUUUCAUAUUUUAAACUUUAUUACCAAAAAUAACGGUACAGUAUCUAAUAAUUAUUUAACAACUUAAAUCUUAGAUAUUAACAUAUAAUUAUUAAAUCA